UUGGGCUGUUGCAGCCAGAUUCCCAACGGUCUUUGCAGCUGGUUUCAGGCACGAUCGGCGCCGCUUGGCCGAUCGUUGCGAUUGGCCCCCUUGCACAGCUGGUCGCUAUUGUUGGAGCUCCUGCUGCCACGCCAUAGCUAUCUGCAGUUUGCUCCUGUAGUUGGGCUCAACACCGCAAGCCAACCCACCUUUUGUUUUAUCAUGUAUGGUGUAGCGCACAUGGCAUGAUAUUCCCAAGUGAGCCUGCAAUACCCGUCGCCCACGAUGCACACGGCGAGCGUCGGCUUGGCAGUAACGCCGACCAUCAUCUCUACCUUCUUGUCGCAUUACUUACAUCGAAAACCCCUGGCCCACAAACCAGCAGCCCAUCUCUCGUAUGACGAGGGCCUGCAUCUGAUCCGCUCCUUUCUGGUUCAUGCCUCGCGCCACACCGUCGAGGAGCUGCAAGCCUUCACCAGCCAGUGGGUACCGCAUCCCCGGUGGGUAAGGGUCGACCAUGUCACGAUUCCCGAGCAGGACCUCGCGCGCGCCGCGCAACUUUUGGUAGAGCAGCUGGGACCCGAGGGCAUCCGUCAGGUCGGCGGCAGGGAGUGGUGGCAGUGGCGCAAGCCCAAGAGCCCGCUCAAGGCAGAGUGGAUCGAGAUGAAGGCCGAUUACCAGAAGCGCAAGAAGAAUGCGGAUCCGGGCAACCGUGUCAUGCUCUACAUCCACGGUGGCGCCUACUACUUUGGCAGCGUCGACGAGCAUCGCUACCAGAUCCAGCGCCAUGCGCGGAAGCUCAAGGCGCGAGCUCUGGCCCCGAGAUACCGGCUCGCUCCCCAGUUCCCCUUUCCCUGUGGCCUCCAGGACUGCCUCGCCACGUACCUCUACCUCAUCUCGCAGCAGAGGCCAAACACAAUCAUCCUUGCCGGCGACUCGGCAGGCGCUGGCAUGGUCUUGAGCCUGAUGGUCAUUCUCAGAGACAGGGGCAUCCCGCUUCCGGCGGGCGCCGUGCUCAUCAGUCCCUGGGUAGACUUGACGCACUCUUUUCCGAGCGUCGCCGGGGACUGCCCGCUGGACUACCUCCCACCGUCGGGCUUCCAUCACAAGCCGUCGCUGGCAUGGCCGCCUCCCGACGAGGAAGAACUGGAAGCGCUCAAGAAGGCGGCAUCGGUGCAGAAAAAGAGCAUCGUCGCGCAAGAAGGCCGGCAUGCUGAAGAGAGCGGCAUGCCAACGGUCCAGGACGUUGCCAAGACCACGCACCGCAUGACAUUUGUCAUUGACGGCGAGCAAGUCGAAAUCAAGGAGCAGAUUCAGAUGUACACCACCAACGAGCUGCUAGCCCACCCGUUGGUUAGCCCCGUCAUGCAACCCACCUUGGGCGGUCUUCCACCUCUGCUCAUCAUGGUCGGAGGCGGUGAAUUGCUGCGCGAUGAGCAGAUAUACCUUGCACACAAGUGUGCCAACCCUGCGCAAUACCUGCCGCCCGAAGCCUUGAUGAACGAGGAGGCCAAAGCGUUGGUCGACCGAUAUAAACCCACGGAUGUUCAGCUGCAGGUGUGGGACGACCUGUGCCAUGUUGCUCCUACGCUCAGCUUUACGAGGCCUGCCAAAUACAUGUAUAGGAGUGUUGCGCAGUUUUCGGCGUGGGCAUUGGCAAGGGCCCAGAACACCGAGGUUGAUAUUCUCUGCGACGACGAGAUCUCGGUCAUUUCGAGCUCGAGCUCAAGCUCGAGCUCUUCGAGCGGGAGCCAGGAGAAGAAGGUUUCUAAGCGGGCCCCUCAAAACAGCAGCAAAGAAAAGGCCGAUUAUCACGCUUCAAUCGGCAAAGCAGGCGACCCCCUUCCGGCCUUUGAAAACCACAUGAUUCGCCAACGGGUCACCCACCACGGUGCCAUUCUGCCCCUCCCGGAACCCGCCGAGCUGCCGGGCUGCCGCAUGGCGCGCGACCUCGUCGGCGUCGUCAAGGUUGGCACCGUGCGCAAGUGGCUCGAGCACAAGAGGCGCUGGGACGCCCGCUUCCAACACACUAAAGCGCGCGUGCACCGCCGGCGCCUGCGCGACGUGGAGCGCGGCGGGUACGAGGUGUUUGGCGAGGGCGAGGUGCCGCCGCCGAGCGCGCUCGCCGGGCGGCGCAAGGUGGGCGAGGCCCUCAAGCAAGACAGGGAGGCCAAGAGGAAGAGGGCCAGGAACUUCGGCAUGUCGCUCUGGGCGCUGUGGGGGUCCAAGCACGACGAGGCGACCAUGCACAGGGAGGCGCUUGCUGCCAAGGCGCCCGAGGUGGGCGUUGCGGUCCCCGGGCAGGGCGAGGGCGCCAGAACGUUUUCCGACUUGGAGAAGCAAGAGGAGGAGUUGGCCAGGGAGGACGGGGAGGCGCCGCCUUCGCAGACCGGGAGGGUACCGUCCUGGAGGGAACUGGUCGGAGAGAAGCAGGUGGAGAGCGCCGGCGGCGCCCCCGCGUCGUCUGCAGAGGGUGGCCUGGACUUGCGUCCUGCCGGGCCGGUCGGUGAUGGGGACGCUGGGGAAGAGGGAGGAGCAGCAGCAGGAGCAGCACCCUCGGAGUCUGCCAGGCUGCUCUCACAGGAUGAUGCUGCACUUCAUACGGGCGUCACUGGAAAGCGGGUCAUGAUUGGCGGGUUGGCAACGCCCUUCAGCCUGCGCAGAGAACCCGAGACUGCGAGCAUGGUUACGCUGGCGACACCGAUGGACCAGAGAUCGACCCGCUUGUCAACGGCAGACUCGAGCAGCUUUGUAGCGGCUCCGUCUGUGAAAACCACGGAAGGCCAGGAGGAAAAUGCGGAAGACUCGGGUGUUGCUCUGCACGAGGGAUCGGGGGUUGACCCGGGAGAGACACCCGGGUCCGCCACGCCGUUUGCGACACCGUUCCUGUCGCCUACCACGCCGGGCGAGAGACCAGGUUUGGAGAGGUUUGUAACUGCCGAGGAGGAUGUUGCAAAGGCGAAUUCUUGAGGAGGACCUGCGACGUUGCGGGUUUGUUUUUCGAUACCCUUUGAUUGAGUGCGUUGUUUUGCUUGCUGUCUUCUUACAUGACUUUUGUUUGUUUGUUUUACUUGUCA